CUAAAACAAACUUGCUUGAAACAUGAAAAUGAUGAAAAAGCAGCUCCUAGUUCUACCCGGACGCGUCUCCCUUAUCGACAGUCUCUUCUUCCAAUUGAGAUUUCUCUCUGACAAGACUCGCGCACCCAAAUUCGAUGGCUCCCUAGCUUCGAUGCACACCAUUUCUUCGAAUCAUGUUUUUUCUCUUCUCGGCCUUUGCAGAAACGUUGGCACCCUUAUGAAAAGUCACGCUUUGCUCAUUGUUCAAGGCCUCGGCGGGGAUCUUCUCUGUGAUACUAAAUUGGUGAGCUUGUAUGGUUCUUUUGGGAAUCUUGAAUAUGCCCGUUUACUGUUCGACAAAAUGCCUGAACGGGAUUUUUAUUCCUGGAAAGUAAUGCUCAGAGGGUACUUUUUGCAUGAUCUUCACGUUGAGAUUAUUUGGUUUUAUAAUCGUAUGAGAAUGUGUGUAAGAGACUGUGACAAUGUUGUGUUUUCAAUUGUUUUAAAGGCUUGUAGUCAAUUGGGGGAAAUUAAAGAAGGGAGGAAGGUCCAUUGUCACAUGGUUAAGGCUGGGAAGCCUGAUAGUUUCUUGCAAGCAGUUCUGGUGGAUAUGUAUGCAAAAUGUGGAAAAAUCGACUGCUCUCAUGAUGCAUUUACUGAAAUUCUUGAGAAAGAUGUGGUUUCUUGGACUUCACUAAUUGCCGGGUAUGUACAAAAUGAUUGUGCUGAAGAGGGAUUGAAUUUAUUUAAUAGGAUGAGAGAAGCGAAGGUUAAGAGUAACGAAUUUACUCUAGGGAGCUUAGUUACUGCAUGUGCGAAGUUAAGAGCUUGUCAUCAAGGGAAAUGGGUUCAUGGAUAUUUGAUCAAGAUAGGCAUUGGUUUUAAUUCCUACUUGGUAACGGCACUUUUAGACAUGUAUGUAAAGUGUGGAGCUAUUACAGAUGCUGGUUCUAUAUUUGACGAACUUUCUUCUAUUGAUCUUGUUUCGUGGACAGCCAUGAUUGUUGGGUACACACAGAGUAUUUGUCCUGAAAAGGCUUUGAAGUUGUUUAUAGACAAGAAGUGGAUUGGGAUUUUGCCUAAUGCUGUUACUCUUACAAGUGUGCUUUCAGCAUGUGCACGGUUGGGCAAUUUGGAUUUUGGAACAUUGGUUCAUGGACUCAUGGUUAAGCUUGGACUUGAGGAGCCUAUGAUGAUUAAUGCUCUGGUGGAUAUGUAUUGUAAAUGUAGAAAUAUUGAAGAUGCUCGAAAUUUAUUUGUGAGAGUCUCAGACAAGGAUGUUGUUGCUUGGAAUUCAAUGAUCUCUGGGUAUUCCCAGAAUGGGUAUGUUUAUGAAGCCCUUGAAUUGUUUCAUCAAAUGAGGUUAGAAUCUUUCUCACCUGAUGCUGUCACAUUGGCAAGUAUCCUUUCUUGUUGUGCUUCACUUGGUGCUCUUCAAGUUGGUUCUUCUGUUCACGCAUACUCUCUAAAGGAGGGGUUAAUGUCAUCCAAUGUCUAUGUUGGCACUGCUCUUUUAAACUUUUAUGCGAAAUGUGGGGAUGCUCAAUCUGCUCGUAUAAUUUUUGAUAGUAUGGAAGAGAAAACCUCUGUCACAUGGGGCGCAAUGAUUGGUGGUUAUGGAAUGCAAGGAGAUGGUUUUGGUUCACUGGAACUUUUUCAUAAUAUGUUGAAAGAAAACUUGGAGCCAACUGAAGUAAUAUUCACCUCUGUUUUGUCUGCAUGUAGUCACACAGGGAUGGUUGGGGAAGGAUGGGGGUAUUUUAAUUCAAUGUGCCAGGACUUUGGGCUUGUGCCUACCAUGAAGCAUUAUGCAUGUAUGGUAGAUCUUUUGGCCCGUGCUGGAAGGCUUGAAGAAGCCUUGAACUUCAUGGAUAACAUGCCUAUUGAGCCAGAUGUUAGUUCCUUUGGAGCCUUUCUCCAUGGAUGUGGACUUUAUUCAAGGUUUGAUCUUGGAGAGUUGGCUAUCAGGAGAAUGUUAGAGUUACAUCCUGAUGAGGCUUGUUAUUAUGUUCUCAUUUCUAACUUGUAUGCCUCAGAUGGAAGAUGGAGUCAGGUUAAUCAACUGAGAGAGUUGAUGAACCAGAGACAAUUGAACAAGUUCCCUGCUUGUAGCAUUGUGGAGAUGGAUAUACACAAUGAUUUGUCAUCCACCACAGUGGAAUGCCUUGCUUAGUUAUCUGAUGUGUCUUUGGAGUCAGGAGGAUUGCAGUUUCCAGAUGUGCAGCAAUUAAGAAUUGCACAUCCCAUAGCAUAUUGAAUCAAGGAGGUUAGCUUCUGUUAUAACCUUGCCACAAAGCAGUGCCUGGUUCUUCUGGGUGCAGAUCUAGGAUGAUUGGAGAUCUUCAUGACAUCUUCAUGCAUGAUUAAAGGAGUGCAUGUGUCUGUGGAGUCAGGAGGAUCACAGUUUCCAGAUCUAGGAUGGCUUGAAAUCUUCAUGGAUACAAAUGCAUAAUAAAUCAGUCACAGAAGCUCAUUCCUGAAAAAUUCAAACAUGCUAAAUGGCAAGACAUUUAUUGAACAGCUGCUCAGAAGAUUUAUCAUGAUGAUUAUGCAGAACUACUUUGGGUUAACAAUCAUCGAGUAUGCGAACAUCAGCUUUGUAUGCAAAAUCUAUUCAAGGCUUUCUAUUACACUUUAGCCUCUGGAAAAAAAGGGGCUAAAUAAUUGAGCUUGGUCCAUGGAUUUCAAAUAGGUUAAAACUUCAUUUUGGUCUCUAAACUAUUGUACGGACUCUCGAUUUAGUCCUUAAGCUUAAAAAAUUUUUGAUUUAAUC